AUGGCUACCAAGACUGCCCGGUUAGCUGGGUUGACCGGCAUGCACACUGCGGGUAUUUACUCGGACAUGACGGUAGAUGGACCGGAGAUUGGAACUUUGGUUGUUGUCUUCGACAGGGCAAAGAACCUGCCGAACAGGAAGACAAUGGGCAAGCAAGACCCGUACUGUGCCGCCAGGCUGGGGAAAGAAGCGAAGAAGACAGAGACAGAUAAAAGAGGAGGUCAAACACCGAAAUGGGAUCAGGAGAUACGAUUCACAGUCCACGAUUCGCCAGACUACCACAAUCUCAAAGUAUCCGUAUUCAACGAUGACAAGAAGACCGAGCUGAUCGGCGAGACCUGGGUGAGCUUGGAAGCUGUUGUGGUGCCUGGUGGAGGCCAAAAUGACCUAUGGCACAACCUCAAUUGCAAGGGCAAAUAUGCUGGGGAGAUCAGGAUCGAACUCACGUACUACGACACGCGGCCAAAGACGGAGAACCCAGCAUUAGACCGUAGAGGAGAAACCCUGCCAGUGGACGUCCAACCCGGACAAGCCCCUUCCAUGACCGGUCCGCGAGAGAGCACAUCUGUAAAACGAAGACCCCUACCAGCCGGCCCGGCCAUCUCAUCCCCUUCUUCGGCCAUAAUACCGGAUCAUGCCCUUCCUGUGCCAGCUCCAGUGUCGGCUCCCCGAAGCUAUCACACUCCUCCUAGGCCGCUUCCUCAGUCUGCAGCUCAUUCGGAAGAUCACACACCUUCCAGUCAACGACGCACAUAUACAAACGAUUACCAGCCGCAGCCAGUACAGCGGCAGAGCUCAUUGCCACCUGAAGAUGCCUCGCCGUAUCCGCUGAUCCCACCUUCGAGCCGAACGCGUCCGCAGUACCAGCCAACUCAGCUACCCGACCCGUCUCGGUACGGGUAUGGUUCUCCUGUUGACCGGCGAUCCCCACGCCCGCCGGUUGAGGACUUGAACGGAUACGACGGACCACGAAUACGGGAUCAGCCUGAUGGUUACGCAAGAGAGCCGUAUGCAGUCCGACCGAUUGAGCCGCUACCAGCGCAGCCGAAUGCUGGCCAUCGGCAUCGUGCAUCCGUCGCUAUUGGGUCCGAGUAUAAUAACGUUGCUCGAGCUCAAUACUCGGUUAACAACCGACCCCACAGCCAAAGCGAUCUGCCGCACUCUCAUUCCGCUCCGGUGAUAGUUUCUUAUCAGACCCUGGAGCUAGCCAGACAAGAAAGGCGCGGUCAUAAUUAUACGCCACCGACUCAGCGGGCCUAUCACGAUCCUUCCGUGGACGCUGGCGUUCACCAAACCGCCCUCAGUCACUACGGCGCCCCUUGUUCACACGAAGCUAGCUAUCCCGCGCAUGUCCAGACAUACGAUGAACCAGAUAGCUUCGACCCAAGUGGUCACCCUUCUCAACAUUACGGAUACCAUGAGCAUUCUCAUGCACCGAGCGCGCAUGCGCCGGCUUAUAUGCAGCCAACGGUGGAGGAUGAAGACGACGUCGCUCCUCCACCGCCUCCUGUACACCGUAGCAGUGCACCGGCCGCCGUGCCCCAGGUCUCUUCGCGACACAUGAGACACUCAUCAAACAUGGCUCCCGCCCCCCUGAGCAUCGCGACAGAUCGGCACAGGCGGAGCACACAUGGUUCCUCACCACAACCUCGCCAUCACCAGGAUGAAUACUCUCCUUCCCCGCUUUCCAACCAUCAAAGCUACGCGCACCACGGACAUGCAGUGUCACCAAGUGGAGGAUACGUGGAGCCACUUCGCCCGACUUCCAGCCACUCCAAUAUGCUAGAGUCCAUUGAGGACAACCCCCACAGCCUGCCGCUGAGCCUUACGCCGGGCUACGAUGCUACUGCGGUCGACCUGUACCACCACAGCUCAAGGCGGAAUAGCCGAUUGAGCACAGGCAAUGUCAAUCUCAUGUCAAUGUCAGGCCCGUAUCAGGACGCACGUCCGCCAGCCUACGAUACCCCUCCACGGGCACCUCCGCUUUCUCAGCAGCAACAUAUCCCAGACUAUCAGACACCACCACGUCCACAUCUGUACGAUCACCAUCAAUCGCCCAGCCCCCAUCCCUAUCCCUCCGCCGAAAUCGCACCAAUGAUCAAACCUCGCGCCAUCUCCCCUGACACGCGCCUCUCCCGCGUCCCCGACCGCGCAACCCCUGUCCGCAAAUCCGUCUCGCCGCGGCCCUCGUCCUCCGCCGACCCCACCGAGCGCCGCCUCUCCGGCGCGCCCUUCUCCCCGGACUCCUUCGACGCCUACAACCCGACCCUGCAUACGCCGCACGCAGCAUCCCACUCCCCAGCGGCCGCGACCCCAAGCCCAGAUACCCACCGCCCAGCUAACACCAGUACCGAUGCGAACGGUACCGGCCAGGUCGUCACCUUCCACGGCAAGCUCGUCGACCCCUCGGACCACCUCCCCGUCGAGGCCUGGGCCCCGGAGCCGGAGCCCAAGGGGCCGAAGAAAGACAAGCCGGCGCGCGAGCGGAUUGGGUUGACGGGCGCGCGGGAGCCCGUGCCGAGCGGACAGCGCCAGCGCGACAGGGAUGCCGCGAUUAGGAACGCGGUGCAUGCUGCUGCGGGCGUUGCGGCGAAUGCGGGCGUCCCGGCUGUGAGUCCACGGCUGCCGGGAAGCGCGCAGGAGGGCGCGGGCAGGAACAGGCUGCAGAAAAGGUCGCCGAGGCAGAAUCCGACUGGCGGGAUGCCGUUGGCGGAGAGGGAGAAUGUGGGGGGCUUUGGAUACGGUGAUGUUGAUGGCGGGAUGGGGUAUGCGGGACGGGGAGGCCCACCGCCGAUCCCAGCGAAGGUGCCGUUGGAUGAGGGGAUGAUGGGUGGAGAGAUGAGCGCGCUGAGCAGGGAGUUGAGCAGGAUUGACAUUAGUGCGCCGUCGGCGGGGGCGAGGAGGGGGGACGGAGCUAUGCGGCGGUGGAGGUGA